AUUUCAGUGCACUAUUGUAGUCGUAUUGUUACCUUUCAGUGCACUAUUGUAGUCAUAUUGUUACACUUCAGUGCACUAUUGUAUCAUAUUGUUACAUUUCAGUGCACUAUUGUAUCAUAUUGUUACAUUUCAGUGCACUAUUGUAGUCAUAUUGUUACCUUUCAGUGCACUAUUGUAGUCAUAUUUCAUAUUGUUACAUUUCAGUGCACUCUUGUAGUCAUAUUGUUACAUUUCAGUGCACUAUUGUAG